CAAACAGACGCCAUCCACCUGGCUUCCAUUGAUCCGCCGAUCGUUCGGCCAUGUUAGAGGGUGGAUUGAACCCAAGCUGCUCGGCAUUCUGACCUCUGGUCCCCAUAGCAUCUGCUUGCAUCCCGCCCGUUUGCAUCCUCGAGCAACUCGCAACUCGCAACUCGCAGCUCCAUCCUCCGUCUUGCCCACCCCGCUUGCAUCCCAAUGGGCCAAAAGCUUACCCGCCAGCUCGAAGAAAGCAGCCAAGGUGGCCCUCAACCCUGGUUCACCAAGGAGCAAAUCAUGGACGUUGUUCAAAUCCUGACGCGCAUCAAUGCCGCCAAGGCCGAUCUCACCGACAAGUAUCUCAGCCGAGCGACCCUUGAGACGCUCUUCAAGAUGUGCAAGUUCAAUGACUCCCAGCAACGGUUCCUGCUGAGCAUCUUUGCUACAUUCGACUCCCAGCGGUCCCAGAAGGUGGACUCGCGCAAGAUCGUUGUGGGAAUGUCGGCGUUCUGCACAAUCAAGAUCAACGAUCGGCUCGCUUUCGCCUUUGAAGCCUAUGAGCUCAUGAGCGAAGGGCUGACAGAGGAAGAAAGUGUCCUGACCAAAGAUGUUAUCGAAACCGUCAUUCUGUGCCUGAUCGAGACGAUUUACAGCGCAGAGUCUGUCCAGGGCGACAAGACCGCCGCCGCUCCCACGCCUUCCCCAAAGCCUGCCCCGAAAGCAAAGUGUAUCACGCCUGAGGACCGGCAGGCGCUCCGCAAAUGGAUCAACGAUGUGUUCAUGGAGGCGUAAAUCGAGUCCGUUGGGGGGGGGACUUGCUGGGUACUGUCCGGUGACCUGUCCGCCGUAGUGAAUUGUCUGUGUAUUUGGAAUCAAUGUAAACUCCAGCAAAGACAUUGGCCUCUGAUGGG